UGCCCCCGCGGCGGCCGCUGCCGCUACCGCAGCCUCGGCCUCGGGCAGCUGCAUCCUUGCCGGACCGGGUCCGCCCCGCACCGUGCCUCACCGCCCCGCCAUGGUGUCCUGGAUCAUCUCUCGCCUGGUGGUGCUCAUCUUUGGCACCCUGUACCCAGCCUAUUCUUCCUAUAAGGCCGUGAAGACCAAAAACGUGAAGGAAUAUGUGAAAUGGAUGAUGUAUUGGAUCGUCUUUGCCUUCUUUACCACGGCUGAGACACUCACAGACAUCGUGCUGUCUUGGUUCCCCUUCUACUUUGAGCUCAAGAUCGCCUUUGUGAUAUGGCUGCUGUCCCCUUACACCAAGGGCUCCAGUGUGCUCUACCGAAAGUUCGUGCACCCAACGUUGUCCAACAAGGAGAAGGAAAUCGACGAGUACAUCACACAGGCUCGAGACAAGAGCUAUGAGACCAUGAUGAGGGUGGGCAAGAGGGGCCUGAACCUGGCCGCCAAUGCUGCCGUCACAGCUGCUGCCAAGGGCCAGGGGGUGCUGUCAGAGAAGCUCCGGAGCUUCAGUAUGCAGGACCUGACGCUGAUCCGGGACGAGGAUGCACUGCCCCUGCAGGGGCCAGACAGCCGCCUCCGCGCUGGCCCUGGUGGCCUCCUGGACACCAUUGAGGACUUAGGUGAUGAUGCUGCCCUGAGUUUAAGGUCCACCACAAACCAGGCAGAUUCCCGGACAGAGGCCUCAGAGGAUGACAUGGGAGACAAGGCCCCCAAGAGAGUCAAAUCCAUCAAAAAAGUGCCCAAAGCUGAGCCACUGGCUUCCAAGACAUUGAAGACCCGGCCCAAGAAAAAGAGCACUGGUGGGGGCGACUCUGCCUGAUGUCCUCAGUGCAGGGGCAGUGUGCAGAGUGCAGAGGAAGCCUCGGGCUGGGGCCAGGCACAGCCCCAGCCCCUGUUCUACACUGUGCCACUAGCCCAGGUGUCUUGGCCCUGGGCCCCACCCAGUGGUCACUUCCCUGGAAGGGGCCAGGAAAAGAGGAGAGAGGCCCAGCUAUAGAGGUUGAUGGCAGAGUCUGGCUGAGGCUCUCAGACUGAGCCCCCAGGGAGAUGGGGGCUCCCCAGCCUGGCUACUCCUCUCCCUACUCCAGCCCUGCCGCUCACCCAGUGCCUUGCUGAAGACCGUGGCCAGCUCUUUUCUGAGCCCUGACAUGCUUGCUGCUCUCCCCAGGGGUCAGGGACAGCACAGAUGGGCAAGGAGGGGCCUGAAGACACCAGGAGAAAGGGAGCAAACGGAGUACAGGCCUUGGGAACUGGGGCAGCUACCGGUGCAGGACAUGGGGUUCAUGUAGGUUUAAAUGAGCAGGAUGCCCCCCAAGGGAUGCAGCUGGGGGCUGCUUUCUGUCUCUGUUAGAGAGAUGGGGCUUCGGUGUGUGUGUGUGUGUGUGUGUGUGUGUGUGUGUGUGUGUGUGCUUCUUACUGGGGCUAGUUUGUAGGGAGUUUGGGUGAAGCACUCUCCCUCAGGGAUCACCUCCUCCCACUCUCAGGCCUGACCAUUUCCUCUCUUGACCCUUCCUGCUAGUCUCUGAGCCUCAGAGGAACCCAGCCCAUCACAGUGUGGGGCUCCAAGGCACCUGUCACCUGCCCCUGUGUCCUUGAUCACUGUCCCCUCACCUGGUCCCACCCUGGCUGGUCCUGGGCUGGACUCUUCCACUCCUGGGGCCCACCAUAGAAGCCCUGCCGAGCUGGCUCAUCCUUCCUUGCCCAGGGUCCCCUUCCUGUGCCAAGCAGACCCCUAUCAGCAUCCAGCUCAGCCCCAUACCCUGUCCCCGCUACUGCCAUGGUUUCAGUCAGGCCAGGAGGCACUUAUGAGGGAGAGAAAUGCAGGAACCAGGGGCUCCUGAUUCCUCAGUAGAGGCUGCCCAUUGGACCUUUGCCACUGGAUGAGCCAAUAAACCAA